AUGGCUCCCCUGGCCGAGGUUGGCGGCUUCCUGGGAGGCCUAGAGGGCUUGGGCCAGCAGGUGGGCUCGCACUUCCUUCUGCCUCCGGCGGGGGAGCGGCCGCCGUUGCUGGGCGAGCGCAGGGGCGCGGCAGAGCGCGGGGCGCGCGGCGGGCCGGGGGCGGCGGAGCUGGCGCACCUGCACGGCAUCCUGCGCCGCCGCCAGCUCUACUGCCGCACCGGCUUCCACCUGCAGAUCCUGCCCGACGGCAGCGUGCAGGGCACCCGGCAGGACCACAGCCUCUUCGGUAUCCUGGAAUUUAUCAGUGUGGCCGUGGGACUGGUCAGUAUUAGAGGUGUGGACAGUGGUCUUUACCUUGGAAUGAAUGACAAAGGAGAACUCUAUGGCUCAGAAAAACUGACUUCUGAAUGCAUCUUUAGGGAGCAAUUUGAAGAGAACUGGUAUAAUACCUAUUCAUCCAACAUAUAUAAACACGGAGACACUGGUCGCAGGUAUUUUGUGGCACUUAACAAAGAUGGAACUCCAAGAGAUGGUGCCAGGUCAAAAAGACACCAGAAAUUUACUCAUUUCCUUCCUAGACCAGUGGAUCCAGAAAGAGUGCCAGAACUGUACAAGGACCUACUGAUAUACAGCUGA